UUUUGUUUUUCAAAAAAUCAAAGUCUAUGAAUUAAAUAAAUGUAAUAUUUUAAAUUAAAUUUCAAAUUAUUUUCACCACAUAUUUGAGGACAUUAAGCUGUUUUUGCUCAUGUUUGGACCAAUAUGUCUUAAAAUCUAAUGCAGAAUUUGUUUUCGGUAAAAACAAAUCCUGAAGACUAAGGUUAUAAACUAAUGAGCACAUCAAGCUCUUCAAUUGUCUCUUAGGAAAUGAAGUCAAGUUUUUCUCUUCACUACAUGAAGUCAUGUGUGUCUGUUAGACUUGAGUCAGCCUGGACUCACAGCUGUUUGUUAACUGUCCAGUUUCAGCUGCUUUCAUCAUCUGCAGUUACAUCACAGUGUUACAUGAACAUCCUAAUUCAGUCCACAUCAGUUGUUUUUGCUCUUUUUUACUGUCGUACAGUAAAACUUCAUUUAUUUAGACACAUUUAUGAACCGCAGUUCUCUUAGUUUUUACUCUUCCUCUAUUCCUGUCUCACCUUUUUUGUCUUCUCUCCGUCCCCGUGUCACGCUGCAGGGUUUGAUGGAGAUCUGGUCGAAUGUCAGCGGGAAUAAUCGUCAUAACUGGUGGAAUUCUCGCUGGAGUGAUACUGCUGUGCAUCGUAGCAGUUCUCUGUUACUGUCGACUCCAGCAUUACUGCUGUAAGAAAAAUGACUCUGAGCAGGAUGUGGUCUCCGGGCUGGGACCAGACCCCCUCUCUCACUUCCCCUGUGAGGCGUGCAACGCUCUGGCCAUGGACGGCGCCACCAUCUCUCCCGUCUCGCUGGACCAGCUGGGUUCUAGUCACGACCGCUGCCCCACCUGUUCGCCGUACCCGCUCCGUUCUGGGCUCUCUCUGGACGACGUGUGUAAUGGCGGGGAGCGGCUGGGCUUCCACACCUACUACGAGAAUCCGUCUGCAAACACACGGAACUCCUCCCCUCUGAGUUUUUACAGCCCCAGUGACAUGAUGGCGUCCCUGCCCCGACCUUACAGCACCCAGGUCUGAGCCCCGGUGCAGAACAGCACAGAGGAGACUUUGCUGAACACACACUUGUCAACACAUAUUCCUGUGGCACUGGUUCGUGGUGAUGAAUGACAACAAAGCACAAUAACACGCCCACGCCACUGCAGCACAAAGCUCACUUCAGAUUCGUCAUCGCUCAUCGAACGCGUGUGUGUGGGUGAUGAGUCUGUGACCCUGAGAGACAGAAGCUCAGACGGUGAAAAUAUUAUCAAUACUUCAGUUCCACAGGUCUCUGCAGACAGAACCACAUCUGAAUUCCGGCGUGAAAACACAUGCACUGGUGUCAACGUUCCAGCCUGAAAUAAAGGUGUUGAGAGGCUGGGCUGUUGUGGGGUGUGAACAGAACACUCCCAUGACCUGCAGAGAGAACUGACGUAAACGUCUCUAGAAACUAGAGUUAGAAUCACACUAUGAAAUCAAAGUUCUUGAUUUUCCUCUUUGGUUUUGAAGUUGGUUUUAACAGUGCAGUGAUUUGGACCAAAUAAUAAUAAUUUGGUGAAUUUUUCUAUAGUUUUUAACAAUGUCUUGGAAAAUAUUUUAAGAUGCAUGUACUGUCAAAAGACUCAGUCUGAAUUAUGAAAAUUAUGGGAUACAUAUUUGGAAUACACAGUUUUAAAAAGGGGGGAGAUGUUUAACCAGAAAAUAUGGUGUGGUGAAAAUUGUAAAAAUUUUAAAUUAAAAACCGUUUGGUGACCUCAAGUUUAAAAUACAAG